AUGCGAUAUCGAGCUGGGCAGCGGGCCUGGGAGGCGACAGUGGCGGCGCCUGUGAAUGAUGAAGCGAGGAAGCAGGAUUUGACGCCCUCGGAAGAGCAGGAGAGCGGGCGGUUCGACGUCAAGCCCAAUGAGGCGAUUCUCUUUUUCGAUAACUUGUUUCCCAUCAGACUCAGUUCGCUGUUGAGUCGUCAGGUAGAGACGGAUAGACACGUGUCAGACCUACUCAAGCGCUUCAACAGCUCCUCUUUGGGGAUCAUGGAUCCCAUUCAAUUGGUAAAGAGGGCCAUACCAAAGAACUUGCCUAUCAAGGUGACAGAGAUUCUGCCGCGACUCAAAGACGGUGGAGCCUUUGUCAAAUUUGAGUACGAUUCUAGCCUGAGUGUAUCGGAGAUUGAAGCCAAGCUGCUAAACAAGCUUAAAGAAGAGCCCAUCAAACCGUGGUUCAAUCCGUUUCGCGGAAUCAAAGCUCGUACUGUCCGCGGCGUUCCCUGGUUAGAGGAUCUUCAUCGCUACCCCUCCCAGAUGCUCAUGGUCGAAUUUGUCCCCCCUGAACCGGGUGCCGCUGCUGAAGAGCUUCCCGAAGAGGUUCUCUAUAGCUUGUUCCGUCGAUACGGCAAAAUUGCAGACAUUAUCCCUCAGCCUGCUGAUUCAAAGCUCACGCCGAGAUAUGCUCAGAUUGGCUUUCCUGGGUUACGUGAUACUAUCAUGGCUCGAAACUGUCUGCAUGGUUUUGUCGUCAACGAAGCUCAGGGAGGUGGCAAGAACGGAACCAAACUGCGGCUCUCUUACGUGCAGAAGGAAAAGGCCCACAGCAUCUGGAACUGGCUUACAACACAUCCCCGAAUUGUCAUUCCAAUCGUGGCGGCUCUCAUCGCAGGUGUCUCAGUCGUCAUCUUUGAUCCUAUCCGAGAGUUCUUCAUCACAGUACAUGUACAGCACUCUCUUCGCUACACUGACUGGAGGAUUUACAAGUGGUUCAAGUCACAGGCGGGUACCUUUUCUUUCUACAGGAAAGAAGAGCAUAUAGAAGGCCUUGGCACAAUAUGGAAACACCGCAAAGACCUCAUUGAGCAGCUUCAAAGCUGGCUGGACGGCAGCUCCGAUACUUUUAUUGUCGUCACUGGUCCCAGAGGCUCAGGAAAGGCAGAGAUGGUAAUGACCCAAACUCUGAACGACCGCAAGAAUGUAGUCCUCAUCGACUGCAAGCCCAUUAUAGAAGCCAAUGGUGAAGCUGGUACAAUCAAGAGGCUUGCAGCCGCAGUUGGAUAUCGCCCGGUAUUCUCGUGGGCAAACAACAUUAGCAGCAUGAUUGAUCUUGCGGUUCAGGGCACAACUGGUGUCAAGUCUGGAUUUUCCGAGACUCUGGAAUCGCAGCUAAACAAGAUCUUGCAUACUACUGCUUCAGCUCUCAAGAGCGUCGCACUUUCGGCUCGACACAAGUCAGACAAGGACGCCAGUCUCUCCGAAGAUGCCUACUUGGAAGCGCACCCGGAGCAGCGACCAAUCAUUGUUGUUGACAACUUCCUCCAUAAAAAUGAAGAGUCUAGCAUUGUCUAUGACAUGAUUGCGGAGUGGGCAGCGACUAUAGUGCAGAAUAACGUUGCCCACGUUGUAUUCCUCACCAGCGACUCCGCUUACUCAAAGUCACUCACAAAAGCUAUGCCAGACCGAGUUUUCCGCACCCUAUCACUGGGCGACUUGGAUGUCGAUGUCGCAAAGAACUUUGUCGUCACCCGCGUAGAAGAGGGUCUAAAACGUGAGGCUCUAGAAGAAGCGGAACAAGGCAUAGACGAGAAGCAACAAUCCAAGCGACCGAACAUGGCUGGACUGGACGAAGGCAUAAGGGUGCUGGGAGGCCGUCUGACAGACCUUGAGUUUCUCGCUCGACGACUCAAGGCGGGACAAGCUCCUCGCGAGGCAGUGGAAGAAAUCGUCACUGAAGAUGCGACAGACAUUGUCAAGAUGUAUCUUCUUGGAAGGACAGCCGACGCGGACAGGAGAUGGUCUACCGAACAAGCGUGGCACCUGAUCAAAGCCCUCGCCGAUAAUCCGACUUUGCGAUACCACCAAGUCCUUCUCACACCCACAUUUGCCUCUUCCCUCACCUCCUUUGCAAACGACGGAGAAGCCGCCAUCGAGAGCCUUGCCGGCGCCGAGCUCAUCACAGUCAACACCCACCAGGGACGACCUCAGACCAUCACGGCUGGCAAACCGCUCCACCAGGCGGCAUUCGGCGUGCUCGUCAAGGACCGCGUGCUUCGCGCAAAGAUGGACUUGGCGGUGCUGACUGAAAUGUCAAAGGUGGAGGCCAAGAACAUUGAUGCCGUGGAAAAGGAGCUGCAGCUGCUGGGCGGCCUGCCACGACAUACGGGAGAGUCGGCGGGUCGGGUCAUGUAUCUGCUGAGCAAGUUGGAUGUGGGACAGAGAAAGAUUGCAAAGAUGGAUUAUGAGAUGGCGGGCUUGAAGAAGAUUCUGAAUGAGGAGUUUUGAUUUGGUUGUUUUUCUGAGAGAGAUGCCAUGGCGAUGCUCCUUGUAUGUACUGUAUUAUAUAGUAAAUAAGCCACUAUUCUGCCUC